GUAGGUGUGGUUGGUUGAUGCGCCCCCUGCCGGUGAUGAGCGGAGCUCCCUCCCUUUUCCCUCCUUCCUCCGUAGAGUCACGUGACACCAGCGGCAAGAAGCUGCAAACGGCUCUGAGACCGGGGCUGCGCGAGCCUCAUCAUCAUCAUCAUCAUCACCGCCACAACCGCCGCAACGACAGCAUAGAGAGCCGACCGAAACCGGGGUCUUUACCGAUUCAAGGAGCGGGCGUCAUGGCGGGCCCCCGUUAAACCAAGAGCCACAUUUAUCCUCUUUGUUCUCGCAGUCUUCACGCGCCUCCGCCGAGGAGGGGCCGCCAGGAGAAGCUCUCCUUUUCCGAGCGGAGGAGAAGGAGGAGGAGGCAGGAGGAGAUACAGCAGCGGCGGCAGCGGAGGUAACAGUCGAACCGGGGACGUGCUUAAUACGGUACGAGCCGAAUGGCGGACCGCGAGGCGUCGCCGAUACCGCUGGAGAUCCGAGCUCGGCUGGCGGAGCUGGAGCUGGAGCUGUCAGAGGGGGACAUCACUCAGAAGGGUUAUGAGAAGAAGAGGUCCAAGCUGGUCAGGGCAUAUGUUCCACAUGCUGGAGGUAUGGAGGGGCCAAUGUCUCACCGGGCCCCCCUCGGCCCUCCCUCUGCGGCCCGUUUCCACCGACGGAGAACCUCCGGCACCAGAGACGAGCGCUACAGAUCAGACGUCCACACUGAGGCGGUGCAGGCUGUGUUGGCGCGACACGUUGAGAGGAAGGUGGCGGUGCCCAUGCCCUCCAAGAGACGCUCGCUGGUGGUGCAGACCUCCAUGGAUGCAUACACGCCUCCAGGUCUGUCCCCCCUGUGCUCAGACUCCUCGUCGGGCUCAGAGGAGGAGGCGGGGCCAGGUGACGACAUGUCGGGCAUGGAGCACUGGAUGAGCCGCCCUUCCCAGCUAGGCCCCGCCCACCUAGGCUCCACCUCCUCCUCGUCCUCGUCCACGCAGAGCGGAGGCAGCGGUAAUGCCGGACGGCUAGCCGACUCGCUGGCGCACAUGCACAUCUCGCACCUGGCGCACGCGCACCUGGCGCACCUGGGCCAGUCGCACCACCAGCAGAGCCACCUGUCACAGUCGCACCACGGUAUUGGGCACCUGUCUCUGAAGAGGAAGGGAGCUCUUAGUAUAGCAGAGAACGGCGGCUCUCUGCGACGGUCCUGUGAGUUUGGCUCCGACAUGCUGUGGCCUCCGCCGCUGGAGUCAGAGGAGAACCACUCGGCCCCGCCGGACGUGACGGGAUACUCGUCGGACUCGUCCCACUCCCACACUGAGCGUCACCACAUGGCCAAUAUGGGAACCAUUGCCAGGAACACGCAGAAAUACGGCAACGCGGAGCGCAUGGAGACAGGCGAUGGUGUUCCGGUCAGCAGUCGCGUGUCGGCUAAGAUCCAGCAGCUGGUGAACACGCUGAAGCAGCCUCGCAGACCUCCACUCCGAGAGUUCUUUGUUGAUGACUUUGAUGAGCUUUUAGAAGUCCAGCAACCCGACCCUAACCAGCCUCGGCCGGAGGGGGCGGAGAUGAUGCCAGUGCGAGGAGAGCCGCUGGGGGUGGUCACUAACUGGCCUCCUUCUCUGGAGGCGGCUCUCCAACGCUGGGGAACCAUCUCCCCGAAAGCCCCCUGCCUCACCAGCCUGGACACAGCAGGGAAGCCCCUCUAUGUGCUCACAUAUGGGAAGCUGUGGUCUCGCAGCAUCAAGCUUGCCUACAACAUCCUCCACAAACUGGGCAGCAAGCAGGAGCCCAUGGUGCGACCGGGCGAUCGGGUGGCGUUGGUGUUUCCGAACAACGACCCAGUGGCCUUCAUGGUGGCCUUUUACGGCUGUCUGCUGGCAGAGGUGGUCCCUGUUCCCAUAGAGGUGCCCCUAAGUCGCAAGGAUGCCGGCAGCCAACAGAUUGGAUUCCUGUUGGGCAGCUGUGGCGUUACUGUGGCGCUGACCAGUGAUGCCUGCCAUAAGGGUCUUCCCAAGAGCGCAACAGGAGAGAUCCCACAGUUCAAAGGUUGGCCGAAGCUGCUGUGGUUUGUAACAGAGUCGAAGCACCUGUCCAAACCGCCCAGAGACUGGUUCCCCCACAUCAAAGAUGCAAAUAAUGACACUGCUUACAUAGAGUAUAAAACCUGUAAGGACGGCAGUGUGCUGGGAGUCACUGUGACGAGAAUCGCUCUGCUCACACACUGCCAGGCUCUCACUCAGUCCUGCAGCUACACUGAGGCUGAAACCAUAGUGAACGUGCUGGACUUUAAAAAAGACGUGGGUCUGUGGCACGGCAUCCUGACGAGUGUGAUGAACAUGAUGCACGUGAUCAGCGUGCCCUACUCGCUGAUGAAGGUCAACCCUCUGUCGUGGAUCCAGAAAGUCUGCCAGUACAAAGCCAAGGUGGCCUGUGUGAAGUCCAGAGACAUGCACUGGGCUCUGGUGGCCCACAAAGACCAGAAGGACAUCAACCUGAGCUCGCUGCGCAUGCUGCUGGUGGCCGACGGAUCAAACCCCUGGUCCAUCUCGUCCUGCGACGCCUUCCUCAACGUCUUUCAGACCAAAGGGCUGAGAACUGAAGUCAUCUGUCCCUGCGCCAGCUCCCCCGAGGCCCUGACGGUGGCCAUCAGGAGGCCGGUGGAGGACAGCAGCCAGCCUCCAGGUCGGGGCGUCCUGUCCAUGCAGGGCCUGAGUUACGGCGUCGUCAGGGUCGACACGGAGGAGCGGCUGUCGGUGCUCACUGUUCAGGAUGUGGGGACCGUCACACCCGGAGGCCUGGUGUGUGUAGUAAAGCCGGAAGGCGUGCCCCAGCUUUGUCAGACCGAUGAGAUCGGCGAGCUCUGCGUUUGCUCCAUCGCCACCGGGACAUCGUACUACGGCCUUACGGGCAUGACCAAGAACACCUUUGAGGUUUACCCGGUGAGCUCCAGCGGGGGGUUGAUCAGUGAGUACGCCUUCGUGCGGACUGGCCUGCUGGGCUUCAUUGGCCCCGGCGGCCUCGUCUUCAUCACAGGCAAGAUGGACGGGCUCAUCAUGGUGAGCGGGCGGAGGCACAAUGCCGAUGACAUCGUUGCCACUGCACUCGCAGUGGAGCCAAUGAAAUUCGUCUACAGGGGCAGGAUAGCUGUGUUCUCUGUGACGGUGCUGAGAGAUGAGAGGAUCGUGGUGGUGGCCGAGCAGAGACCGGACUCCACGGAGGAGGACAGCUUCCAGUGGAUGAGCCGCGUACUGCAGGCCAUAGACAGCAUCCACGGGGUGGGUGUCUUCUGUCUGGCUCUGGUGCCGGCCAACACCCUUCCCAAGACUCCUCUGGGCGGCAUCCACCUGUCGGAGAUCAAGCAGCUGUACCUGGAGGGGGGGCUGCACCCCUGCAAUGUCCUGAUGUGCCCCCACACCUGUGUCACCAACCUGCCCAAACCGCGGCAGAAACAGCCAGAGAUCGGUCCCGCCUCUGUGAUGGUGGGAAAUCUGGUGUCAGGGAAGAGAAUCGCUCAGGCCAGCGGCAGAGACCUGGGACAGACUGAUGAUAACGACCAGUUUCUGUUCCUGUCCGAGGUUUUGCAGUGGCGAGCUCAGACCACACCGGACCACAUCCUCUACACCCUGCUCAGCUCUCGGGGGGCAGUGUCCAGCUCUCUCACCUGUCUGCAGCUGCAUAAGAGGGCGGAGCGAGUGGCAGCUCUGCUGAUGGAGAGAGGCGGUCUGCAGGAAGGAGAUCAUGUCGCUCUGGUGUACCCGCCAGGUAUAGACCUGAUCGCAGCCUUUUACGGUUGCUUGUACGCCGGCUGUGUUCCCAUCACAGUGCGACCGCCUCACCCUCAGAACAUCUCCACCACCCUGCCCACUGUUAAGAUGAUUGUCGAGGUGAGUCACUCGGCGUGUGUGAUGACCACCGCCGUCAUCUGUAAGCUGCUGCGCUCCAAAGAGGCCAUGGCCACGGUGGACAUCAGGAACUGGCCCCCAGUGCUGGACACCGAUGACCUGCCAAAGAAGAAGCCUCCAGCUCUCCAUAAGCCCACCAACCCGGACGGCCUGGCCUAUCUGGACUUCAGCGUGUCGACGACCGGCAUGCUGGCCGGAGUUCAGAUGUCCCAUAAUGCAGUUGCAGCCUUCUGUCGGUCAGUGAAGCUGCAGUGUGAGCUGUACCCGUCCAGAGAAGUUGCCAUCUGUCUGGAUCCCUACUGCGGCCUCGGCUUCGUCCUCUGGUGUCUCUGCAGCGUGUAUUCUGGCCACCAGUCCAUCCUGAUCCCGCCGGUGGAGCUGGAGUCCAACCCAGCGCUGUGGCUGCUGGCCGUCAGCCAGCUGAGGGUGCGAGACACCUUCUGCUCCUACAGCGUCAUGGAGCUCUGCACCAAAGGACUCGGCCUGCAGACCGAGGCGCUCAAGGCUCGGGGUCUGGAUCUGUCCCGGGUUCGAGCCUGUGUGGUGGUGGCAGAGGAGAGGCCCAGGAUGGCGCUCACACUCUCUUUCUCUAAGCUCUUCAAAGACCUCGGCCUUCACCCGCGCUCUGUCAGCACAGCCUUCGGCUGCAGAGUCAACCUGGCCAUAUGCCUGCAGGGCACUUCAGGGCCGGACCCCACUACUGUGUACGUAGACAUGAGAGCGCUGCGUCACGACAGGGUUCGAUUAGUGGAGAGAGGUUCUCCUCACAGUCUCCCCUUGAUGGAGUCUGGCAAGAUCCUGCCCGGAGUUCGUAUCAUCAUCGCCAAUCCGGAGACCAAAGGACCGCUUGGAGACUCUCAUCUCGGAGAGAUCUGGGUUCACAGCGCUCAUAACGGCAGCGGUUACUACAGCGGUUACGGUGAGGAGGUUCUUCAGUCCGACCACUUCAACUCCAGACUCAGCUUCGGAGACACUCAGACCGUCUGGGCCAGGACGGGCUACCUGGGCUUCCUCCGCCGCACCGAGCUCACGGACGCCAACGGAGAGCGACACGAUGCUCUGUUCGUGGUGGGAGCUCUGGAGGAGGCCAUGGAGCUGAGAGGGAUGAGGUACCACCCCAUCGACAUCGAGACCUCCGUCAUCCGCGCACACAAGAGCAUCGUGGAGUGUGCGGUCUUCCCCUGGACCAACCUGUUGGUGGUGGUGGUGGAGCUGGAGGGCUCUGAGCAGGAAGCCCUGGACCUUGUUCCCAUGGUGACAAAGGCGGUGCUGGAAGAGCACUACCUGAUCGUGGGCGUGGUCGUGGUGACGGACAUCGGCGUCAUCCCCAUCAACUCCCGCGGCGAGAAACAGCGCAUGCACCUCCGCGACGGCUUCUUACAAGACCAGCUAGACCCCAUCUACGUGGCCUACAACAUGUAGCCUGAGUGUGUGCGCGCGUGUGUGUCUGUGUGUGUUUAAGAGAGAGCGAGCAUGCGUUUGUAUGCUGUGCAUUUCGCCGUUGUUGUUCAUUUAUUUCCCAGAAUCAAGAUGUACUGUAUUUUUGAACCUGCAUAUGGUGUGGUCUUAAGUCGUCUGUUUUCUUUCUAGUCGUGUUGUGCUGGUUGAUUGAUUGAUCGGUUGGUUGCUCAGUGGUGUUGCGACCAUUUUUACACCCCCGCUUGACCUCGUGACCGUUACCAGGAGCUCGUCACUGUAGAAAGCCUUAGGGGAACACUGUGUAGGGGGCGCCGGCUCCCGUCGUCACACCGCGUGUCAUUUUAGGAGGUAAACGUAGAGCGAGAGAAGUACUAGAGCCUGUACCUGUCAUCAUGUUUUACCAGUUGAAUUAAAAAAAUCCUGGAUUUGUGGUAUUAUUUCAAAUUAGAGCAGGGGCAGCCAGAUUAUUGUAAAAAUAUAAAUAUUGUACAUAGACAUAAUAAUCUAUAUGGAGAGGUACUUAAAACACAAUGAGGUGUAGUAGCCCCUUUAUGCAGCUCUCUCCGCCCACACCCUCUGCGCGUGUGUGUGUGUGUGAAGACUGUGUGUGUGUGUCUCUGUCUGUGUUCAUGUGUGCAACAGGGACAUUUUAUGUCGUUUCAAUGUGAAUCAAACACUGAUUUUAAACAGAUUUUUAUCCUGAGACGAUCAAAGAAGAGACAUUUAUGUGGAGACACACUGAAGACAUCCAAAAAACGGAGAGAAAUUCAGUGGCUGUGCGCGUUUCGGUGUCCAAAGUCUGAGAAAAAAAUACACCGAUUUAUCUUUUUUGGAUCUAGUUAAGAAAGAUUUGCGUCUUUUUAUCUUGUGACCUUUCUGGCUAAAAAGAAAAUACCACAAAUGCAAUUUUAGCAGCUUUCUAUAAAGUGUCUCAUUUAAAGCAAACGUGCGGCAAAUUUUGUAACAUGCACAUUAAACGUCUAUGAUCAUCUUAGCUGUCAACCAGUCCUUCAGUUACCUUCCUGAAUUACUUGCAGUCCUUAUAGCACCCAAAGCAUGUCAAGCAAAGUGCACUGUGUGAAUAUCAAAGAAAUGUUGUUAUUAUCGUUAUUUAAAGGGAGUUUAAGGGAAAACUGUGCAUCAUGUCAAAGACAACAGCAUCAAGGUGUUGCUGCAGCAAUUUUACAUUUACUACCUUCUGACCAGCGGCCAGCAAGACUCAAAGGAAACAUUCAUUAUCUGUAAUAUUAUUAUUAUUAUUAUUAUUAUUUUCAAACUGGCCAAAUUUGUAUGGGACACAAAAAAGAUGCCAAAACAAAUAAACGAAUAAAUAAAAUGUGAGAUUUAAAA